AUAGUGAAGGACUAAAACUAGUCAAUAGGGAGCCGAGUGCCGACAAUCUUUCCUCGUCAAGUGGGGCGUUUCGGAAGGGCUUCUAGUGGGUGCAUAUCCUUGUCAAGUUGCUUUCUUUCCAUUUCUGGUCACAUAUCUUCUUCUGUAUUAGCAAAACAUAAUGAGGCCCAUUUGAGCAGAACUUCCUCUCGGUUUCAUCACCCAAGAACCAAAAUGGCCGUCACCGGCAGAGAUGAAGUUCCGGAAACGCUCAAGCCAGACUAUAAUAGGGCAAGUGAGUUGAAGGCUUUUGAUGACACAAAGCUCGGCGUUAAAGGACUAGUGGAUGCUGGGGUUACUGAGAUCCCUCGUAUAUUCUAUCACCCACCGCAUGACACUGACAACGUCUCAGCUUCUGGUGACACCCAGUUUAAUAUUCCUGUCAUAGACCUCCAAGGCAUCGAGAAAGAUGUAAUAAAACGCAAGAAGAUUGUUGAAAGAAUUCGUGAUGCGUCCGAGACGUGGGGUUUCUUUCAGCUGGUCAAUCAUGGGAUCCCUGUGAGUGUUUUGGAGGAGAUGAAGGAAGGGGUGCAUAGGUUUCAUGAGCAAGAUACUCAAGUGAAGAAAGAGUUGUAUACGCGUGACAACAAGAGACCGUUGGUGUAUAACAGCAACUUUGAUCUGUAUGGCGCUCCGGCGUCUAAUUGGAGGGAUACAUUUUAUUGUCAAAUGGCACCUGAUCCCCCAAAGGCUGAAGACUUGCCAGUUGCAUGCAGAGAUAUACUGGAGCAGUACUCGAAGCAAAUGAUGAAGUUGGGGAUUUUAUUGUUCGAGUUAUUAUCAGAGGCUCUUGGGCUGAACCCAAACCAUCUAAAUGAGAUUGAUUGCAGUGAGGGGCUUGCAGUUCUGUGCCAUUACUAUCCCGCUUGCCCUCAGCCAGAGUUAACACUGGGCACAAGCAAGCAUUCGGACAAUGACUUCCUCACUGUUCUUCUACAAGACCAUAUUGGUGGCCUCCAAGUUUUUUACCAUGACAAGUGGGUCGACAUCCCUUCAGUGCCAGGGGCUCUAGUGGUUAACAUUGGAGAUCUUCUACAGCUUAUAACGAACGAUAGGUUUAAAAGCGUUGAACACAGAGUAUUGGCAAACAGAGUAGGGCCAAGAGUAUCUGUGGCGAGCUUUUUUUCCACGGCUUUUCAGCCAACCACAAAACUUUACGGACCUAUCAAAGAGUUGUUAUCAGCAGACGAUCCUCCAAAGUAUAGGGAAACCACAAUGAGUGACUAUGCUGUGUACUACGCAGGAAAAGGCCUUGAUGGGACUUCUGCGCUGCUGCAUUUUAGGCUCUAAACUCCAAAAUAGAGAAUUAGAGAUGAAUAGAUGGUUUGUGGCCGUAAUUUGUCACUUUCUAUAACGUAUUUACCAUAUGCUAGUGAAGCUUGAGUAGUGAUGUUUAUGUGCCUUGUUUGAAGGCCAAAUCAAAUCUUUGCUAUUCAGUAGCCUUAAAUAAAUUGGUCUUGAAGCGAUGCCUUCUCAA